UAUCCUGUGUCGGCACCGCUGUUGCGGAAGGAGCUCUCGGUCAUUCUGACUUGUCUUUUGAGCCGACAUAAUGCCCUUCUAACCGUAUCUCAUUUGACAAAUUAUUAACAGUCGUGUAAUGAAUAUACGUGAAAAAAUGCACUUUUAAAUGGGUCUGCAGUUGUGUGCGAGCUCCACGAUAUCUUAGCAUAGCCUGACAGAGUGAGCUGCUGAACUGAACUUAAGUGGUUCGCAAUAUUAAGUGUUGCUAACUUUUAAUCGUUUUACAAAUAAGCUUUUGCCUCUGUACCCCGUCAUGGAGUCGUUGGGAGCUCUUGGCACUGCUCUGGGAUGCUUUGCUGGCAUAGCAGCGGGUGGGCUGGUGCUUGCUGCCUACAAACUUGGCGUAUUAUACCAGUUGUUUCACAAGACGGAGACAAAGAGCCCCAGACAUGGUGGUGAGAGUGUGGCAGAGGUCCUCCGAGCACACGGCGUCAAGUUCCUUUUUACCCUUGUCGGUGGACACAUCUCCCCCAUUCUCGUGGCGUGCGAAAAGGUGGGCAUCCGCAUAGUGGACACCAGACACGAGGCCACCGCCGUAUUCGCCGCCGAUGCUGUGGCCAGGCUUUCAGGUACCGUCGGAGUAGCAGCGGUGACUGCUGGCCCCGGGCUGACCAACACAGUGACGGCUGUGAAGAACGCUCAGAUGGCUGAAUCCCCGCUGCUGCUCAUGGGAGGAGCUGCUAGCACACUGCUGCAGACGGAACUGUCAGGAGAAGGAGUCUGGCUGGACCCGGACGCUGUUUGUGCUGCUUCUUCAAAUGAGCUGCUUGUGGUGCAGGGCAGAGGAGCGCUACAAGACAUCGACCAGAUGUCCCUCUUCAAGCCGCUGUGUAAAUUCUGCGCCUCCAUCCGGACGGUCAGGGAGAUCGUGCCCACGGUCAGGAAGGCUCUGGCCAUCGCUCAGUCGGGAACGCCUGGUCCUGUUUUCAUAGAGUUCCCCAUCGACACGCUGUACCCAUACCAUCUGGUCUCCAAAGAGUUUGCUGUGAAGAACCCUCCGAAAGGCCUGAUGGGAAGCAUUGUCUCAUGGUACCUCAAUAACCACCUAAUGAACAUUUUUGCUGGAGCCUGGGAGAGCAGAGAUGUUUCUCCACUUCCUGUUCACAUCCCACAAGCCACAGACGAUCAGGUACAAAAGUGCAUAGAACUGGUGAGUCGAGCCAAGAAACCAGUUAUUCUUCUGGGCAGCCAAGCAACCCUUCCACCAACGCCAGCUGAUGAUGUCAGAAAGGCUUUGGAGGACCUGGGUAUACCUUGCUUCCUUGGGGGGAUGUCCCGAGGCAUGCUGGGUAAAGACAGCCCCAUCCACAUCCGGCAGAACAGACGGGAUGCUCUAAAGGACGCUGACUUGGUUCUUUUAGCAGGCACCGUGUGUGACUUCAGGCUGAGCUACGGCAGGGUUCUCAACAGACGCAGCAAGAUCAUCGCUGUCAACAGGGACAAGUCCCAGCUGCUAAAAAACUCUGAUAUGUUCUGGAAACCGACCAUGGCAAUCCAGGGCGAUGCUGGUUCGUUUUUAGUUCGCCUCUCCAAAGGGCUGAAAGGCCAUCGCUGUUCAGAGGAAUGGCCUCAGAGCCUUAAAGCUGGAGAUCUGACCAAAGAAAAUGCAAACAGGGCUAAAGCUGAUGAGAAGACGGAACGGCACUUAAAUCCCCUGAAAGUUCUCCAUUGUGUGGAUGAACUGAUGUCUGAGGACAGCAUCAUAGUAGCAGAUGGGGGGGACUUUGUAGGAAGUGCUGCUUAUAUAAUGAGACCGAGGGGGCCCAUGCGUUGGCUAGAUCCAGGAGCCUUUGGCACUCUGGGGGUUGGAGGAGGUUUUGCCCUCGGGGCCAAGCUGUGCCGGCCCGAAUCUGAGGUGUGGGUAGUCUACGGGGACGGCUCCUUAGGGUACAGCGUGGCUGAGUUUGACACCUUUACGAGGCACAAGACACCAGUUAUAGCCGUGGUUGGAAACGAUGCAUGCUGGAGCCAGAUAUCCAGAGAGCAAGUUCCCAUCCUGGGCAGCAACGUUGCAUGUGGCCUUUCAUUUUCAGAUUAUCACACGGUGGCAGACGGUUAUGGUGGUAAGGGCUACCUCGUGGGACGGGAAGAUGAGGGCCGGCUAAGCGACAUGAUCAAGCAGGCCCAGGAGGAGACCAAACAGGGCAAAGCUACGCUUCUCAAUGUCCUGAUUGGAAAAACCAACUUCAGAGAGGGCUCCAUCUCUGUUUAGAGCUGCUGUGUAUCUACAACAACUGUGCUGUCUUUUUCCUUUAAUGUCGGCCCCCUGCGUGUUCUUUUGUGCAACAAUAACGGUACAGCCCCAGCCUGUUUAGACCUCUGCUAGUCCUCUGUGCCCUGAAAGCCAUACUUCACUGUAAGAAGACAAAUCGCUUUACAGCCCACUGCCUAUUAAUCACAGUUAACGUCUCCUUCAUCAGACUAGAAAGGGAAACACACUAUGCGUACAUCAGUCACAAGUACCAGCUCCAGACCUGCCAGCUUGGGAGCUAAAACUUUUAUUGUGCAUCCUGCUACUCUCAGGUUCAGGUUGUGAUACUUUUAGGAGAACAGCUGCUACAUUUGAAAAGGGAAUGAGCGGGUGCUAACCUUAACCCCGCUCAGUUUAGGGACUGUUUGUUUGACCUUUAAACAGCCUUUUAAAAGCUUUGCAAACAACGUGAUGACUUGGAUCACUCGUGAGGGAGAAAGAUCAUUGAUUUAAGUUAUCAGAUGUGACCAGUAUGCCUUUUUUCCACCCCUGAUCCGACAUGAACCUAAAGCCUUUUACUUGGACUCUGAAAAUCUUAGAACUGUAAUUUUCUGUAUUUACUGAUUGGAGAUAAUAUCUUUUUGGAAUGGAAGAUUUCUUUGAAUGUUGACAACUGGCAAAUGGUAAUGCCUUUUUCUCGUUUGAUUGUAUCUUGAAAUACACUUCUGUGUAUAGAAUACAUGUAUCUGGUGAUUCAGUCAUGAAUUAAAGUUGAUUUGAUAAUGACUUGUAUGUAAUGAUAAUAGUUUUUCCUUUACCAGUGUAAGGCAUUGACAGUAAUGUUCUGUGUUACACAAUUUAAGACUUUAAAAGUAAAAUAUGGUCCUUAGAUCUAUUAUACUGACAUCAGACCUUUUUAACAUAGUUCACGUUUUUCGGGGUUACAACUCUAGCCGCUAACCUGAGUGCCACUCCACAGGACUCUGCAUAAUUUAUAUCGUUUAGAAUUACUCCUUAUGUCAGCAGAACACUUACUGUCACAACUGAGACACACAAGAGCCUGUCCUUCAUGAUCUGCCUUAAAUAUACUGUACCUAAAACUUUGGAAACAUUUUUAGAAAUUAAUUGUAAGAGGACACAGUAGGGGAUCACAGUGUUUUAAUUUUUUUCUUUUUUGG